AGUGGAAAAUCCCCAGCCACCACUGGUGCCUCCUUCGUGGGGACAUGUUCUUCUCCAUCCCUUCUCAGGUCUUCCAUUUUGCCCUAGGCCUCCCUCUUCUCCCACCUGCUUGUUUCUGUUAGCGAGGCCCCUGUGUUUGCACCUGCCAGUCCAGCAGCCCACCUGAGCCUGCUCUGCAUGGUUCCAGCUCUGACUGUCCUCACUGCCUUCCAGUGGGGUCCAGCGGGGGCAGGGCCACAAAUCUGUUUGGGAGCAUCUUGGGCAAGGAUAGUACUCAUUAGUCUCUGAGUGAGCAUUUCCCAUUGGUUGGAGCCGAAGCCCUGCCCCGCCCCUUCUCUCUGUAAGCUUCCACAUGCACGUGAGUGUGUGAUUCUCUGCGUGUGUACGUGUCGUGAGCGUGUGUGUGCACAUGUCCCACACAGUGGGUGUCACCCCCAGAUCUCCCUGGAGCGGCCGUGACAGUCAAGGAUCAGAGACUCCAUCUGUUGAACCAAUUUGACUCCUGCCUCCCAUGCAUCCUGAACCCUGCUGUUUGACUCUCAAGGGUCUCCUCUUGAGGCGAGCCCCUUCUAGGACCCGGAGCCAGGCUGAGGCCAGGAGGGCCCGUGGGGCAGGGAGGUGACACCGUGCCUCUCUUUUGUAUUUGCUUGGUGCUGGCUGAAGAUGCGCCGGGAGGAGAAGAGCAGCUACACGGUGGUGCAGAUGGGCCAGGAGGGGCCGGCAGCCAGCGGCGAGCUCCCGGGACCGCUCCUGAUGCUGGCCCAGAACUGCGCCGUCAUGCACAACCUGCUGGGCCCCGCCUGCAUUUUCCUGCGCAAGGGCUUCGCCGAGAACAGGCAGCCUGACAGAUCGCUGCGACCAGAGGAGAUUGAAGAGCUCCGAGAGGCCUUCCGAGAAUUCGACAAGGACAAGGAUGGCUACAUCAACUGUCGGGACCUGGGCAACUGCAUGCGUACCAUGGGCUACAUGCCCACCGAGAUGGAGCUCAUUGAACUGUCCCAGCAGAUCAACAUGAACCUGGGUGGCCAUGUGGAUUUUGAUGACUUCGUAGAGCUAAUGGGACCUAAACUCCUGGCAGAAACAGCAGAUAUGAUCGGAGUGAAGGAACUGCGAGAUGCUUUCCGAGAGUUUGACACCAAUGGUGAUGGGGAGAUAAGCACCAGUGAGCUACGAGAGGCCAUGAGGAAACUCCUGGGUCAUCAGGUGGGACACCGAGACAUAGAGGAAAUUAUCCGAGAUGUGGACCUCAAUGGGGAUGGACGAGUAGACUUUGAAGAGUUUGUCCGGAUGAUGUCCCGCUGAGGCCGCCAGGGCCCCUCCAGGACUGCCAAGCUCCCGGGCGGGAGAAGAGGAGCCCGAGUGCGCCUCACCCCGCCGCAGCCGCCGAGAGCCCAGGAUGGACUGGCGGACGGGGCCUGCCUGCACCCCGGGGAGGUGCCCACCCCGGACCCCCACCCCUCCGCACUGUGAAAGACUCACAACUCCUGCAACUGGAAAGGGGGGGCGCCCGCCGCCGCCGAGGCCACCGUGCCAAGCCGGCCGAGGUGACGCCGGGCGCCAAGUGCCACGGACCCAGCCGCUGCUGGCGGGGUGGGCCAGGGAGCCCGCCGGCAGCCCCCACACAGCAUGUCCGCCCCGGGGCAAAGCCUCUCGCCGCCCUCCUUCGCUCUGUGCCCGUCCCAGCUCGCCACAGCCCUGUUCUCUCGGACCCAAUAAACGUAUUUCCCAG